UCGAGCUCAUAAUCAAAAAAAACGGUUUUCUGAUUAUGAAAUAGAAUUUUCUUAAAAAAUUUGGCAAUACGGUGAUUUGUUUCGCGCUUUUCAAGUAAAUUUGAAUCGUCGGCUGCAUUAGUGAUACAAUGUCGAAAGAUAAAUUUUACAUUUUAUUAAAUGAAGUAUUUGACUUAAUGUUAGAUAACAAACUAAGAAAGGAUAUUGAUGACACACUUUUAGAGAAAUUAAUAUCGUUGUUGAAAGGAGGAGGAGUUAUAAAUACAAAUAAUCAAAAUUCAGAUCCGAAAUCCACUGACGCAGAUUUCCUUCAGGAUCUUUUGACAAAGACAAAGGCUUUAGAUCUUAUUGAAAGAGCUGUUUUUUCACUGACAGAGAAAAAAGAAAAUCUUUGUAUUCCAGUGAAAGUUUUUGCUGUUAGACUUUUAGGAUUGCUAUUUGAGGAAGAAAUCAUAUUUGUCUCAAACAAAGCUUCAUUACUUCUGCAGAAACUUCCAAGUGUUUGUGACAGUACUAUGUAUGAGACAUAUUCUCCAUCAGUACAAGAUGCAGUACUUUCCUCUUUGUUAUCCAUUGCAAAGCAUGCUGAAGGGGCUAUUUGGCUCAUUAAACAGAAUCUCAUUGAUUUUGUACUGUCAAGUUUUUCGUGCACCAGUUUUUAUGUUAGAAAGCGAGCAGUGAAUUUUUUCAACACUUCAGUACCAUUGUGGACAUCUUCAAAAUUCUCAUCAAUACCUCAGAAGGAAGUGCUUAACAAAUCAACCAGGAAUAUAAUGAAUCAAAUUAUUUCUGGAAUUCAGAUUACAGAUAUGCAAGAGAUGACUGUUAGUGAAUGCUGUAUUAUGGUUUUAAAAGAAUUCUUGAAUUUUCCGUAUCUUAGAGUUCUUCUUUGUAAUGAUUUUGAUUUAAUUCAAAGACUUUGUGAUGAUAUCUCACAAUCAUUAGAAGAAAGUGAAAUGUGUGAAAAGAUUGCUGACAUUCUUCUAGUUGUCUUCUCUAGUGAUCCUAGCAUAGAGCCAGCUAUAAAAGAAGUAAUCAGGUUACUAGCAAAUCACCAACUGUUUGUACCUAGUAUACAUCUCACAUCAUCACUUUUAAGGCUAUCAGAGAAAUAUAAACCUCUCACCAAAGAGCAUCUCUGUUUCAUCCUCAUGCCUUUGCAUAUUUUGUCCAGUAGCAGAUCUGCCAUCCCUGCAGAAGAUUUACUUCCCAUUUUUAACAGCACAUUGUACUUCUCCAUUUUAAACCUAAUGAAAGUGAAAUCAAAUUGCAUUUUAUUCCUAAAUUCUUGUCUUACUGCUUUAUCAGAACUUUCAUGUUUUAUGGAUCCCCAGGCUCUCGAAUCUGUUAUAUCAGCCAUCCAUAUUUUAACAAAAAAACGUGUUGAGAAUGCAUCAGAACUUCAUCCUUGGUUGCAUGCAUGUUUAGAAAAUCGAACAAUUCUUCUUUCUCUUCUACAGCUAUUCAAAUCUUUUUUUCCAAUCCCAGUUUUUUCAAAAAUGAAUAUAACUACACAACUGUUAAUUUUUGAAUACUUACUGAACUUUUUAGAAACUCCAUCAAAUGAUAGCAAUUUUCUAUCAGAAGUCAUAAAUCAUCUGAAAUGCAUAGUAAAUUUGAAUAAUGAUUACCCUUUCCAUAUGGCUGAUGAUCUUAUUGAACGGUUUGCUCAAGUAUUAUGCCGAAAACUGCUGGACAAGAAAGAACCUGUUGUUGAUAAUUCAAUACAUCUUGUAAAUGAAAUGAUAAGUGGAAAAGGCAGUCAGCAGUGGACUGAGAUUCUUCGCAAAUUUGAAAUAUUAAGCAUUAUUUGGGAUAUAGCUAUUGAAGGAAAUCAUGAUGGUCCAAUUAAAGCAUCUGCUCUUCAUGUUAUUAUUGAAGCAUGCUUACAGAUACAGUUUUGGGAGGAUAUAAAAUCUUUAAAGAAAGUCACAGAAAUUAAUAUUGUAAAGAUUUUAUAUAAUUAUGCUUAUGAUCCAGAUUUCUUUGUCCAGAGGGAAUCUGUGGUAUGUUUAUUUCACUGGAUGCGUUCUAAAUGGGAUGAUAUGCCAUUAAUAUGCAAAGAAAGGUUGUUCUGUAUUUUUACUUUUUCUGUUAAAAGCUUAGAUUUAGAACUAAAACUCAUUGCAUUAGACUCGUGGAAAUCUCUAAUGGACUGCAAUAUGUAUUUUCCACUUGUAUCAUCUCCUGAGGAUGUACUUAAUUAUAUAAAAUGUCUGUGUCAGUCAGGGUUUGGUUCAUCAUUAUUAUUUGCUAUACAUGAUUAUGAUCCAUCUGUGCAAUAUAAAGCUGCUACAAUUAUGCAUGAGCUUCGUAAGAAACUGCUGGGCUUAGGACUUACACAAGAUUUCAUAUCAUUUGAAGAAGAAAAUGUGAUACUGCCUAAUGAAAACCCUUCAGGUAUUAUGCUUAAAUUUAGUGAGGAGGAGAAAAUUGCAGGAAUUGAUAAUGUGAUGAAUUCAACAACAGCUCAGUUGAUUACAAGCAUAUCAAGACCACCAGACUAUGAUAAAAUCUCUGAUUGUAAAUUUAGUAAUUCUUCUGCAGAGUUAAAAACAAUAUCUUGUCCCAUUAAUUCAUUCUGGAUUCAUCUUUGGUCUGUAAAGAUUGAUUCUCUUUUGUUUAAUGAUGAUAAAUCAUUAGAAAAUUUUUCGGAUUGUUCAAUAUCUUUGUUAGAAGACAUAAUUGCUGCUAAAGAAACUGACAUUAAGAAUUCUAUGAAUGAUACACCUGAUUGUUAUUGAAAUUCUCUAUUCUACCUUGCAUUCAAAUAUAUUUUUUUAUCUGUUUAAGCGUAUGUGUAUUUUAAAUUGGAAAAUAUAUAAGUAUUUUGAAGAUAUUUUGCCAUAAUUUAAUUCCGUUAUCCAUGGAAUUAUUAAAAAAUUGAGUGUAUAUAUAUAUAUAUGUAAAAGAUGAAGAGUGAAGGGAUUAUUGCAAAUUUAAGUUAGUAUUCGGAUUUACAUGUUUUUUAUAUGAUUGCAAGUUCUUCGUUAUGCAUCAACUACAACAUCAACAUUUCUAAAUUAUUACAUAUAUGUAUUAAAUUCAAGAGAGUUUUGAUUGAAUUUUCGAUGUAUAUUUUCAGUCUAAUAUUUAUAUCUUGGAAAUAAUAUUUAACUUUUGAGAUUUUAAAACUCAUUUGUUUCAUCACUGACAUGAUUUUAUUGUUGCUUCUAUGAACUUUGAUAGUGUCCAGUCCUACCACUCCCUUAUUGAUAGGUUUGAACCUGAUUAAAGUAAGUAUUUUUAAGAGAAGUAUACCACACUUUUAAGUAUGUGAAAUUUCUUGAGUAACAAAUUUUAUGUUUGGUGAAAUACCUCGAUUUGGUAUUAAUUUAAAUUGCGAAAACUAAAUACAUUUUGUGAGAUAGAUAAAAAAAAUUUCAUGGGCUUAAUGACGACCUGAUAAGUUUGUGUAACCAUAUCCAUGUAUCUGUUUUCCGAGUUUUUCUAAAUGUUUUCUGAUUAUUAUGUAAUUAACAACCAUUUAAUAUGAGAAACCUAACUGAAGAAACUGAGGCUUUGAAGCCUAUUUACAAAAUAAGCCUUUUUACAUUUUUAAAUUCUUCAGUCAUUUUACAAAUAGAGAGCAUAAAAUGUUCUUGAAAAGAAUUUUUGCACUAAAUAAAUUUCUAGUGAAAUUUCUGAUAGUGUUAAAUUUGUGUACUUCAAAAAUUCAUUUAAAAAAUACUGCAUUUGAUGUAAAUUCUCUCCUUAAUCAUAUAUUGUUCCUCUAUUUUAAGGCAUUCAGUUUGUGUUUAGAGCUGAAACUUUGUAUUUGUUGUCACCAGUGGGCAGCAACCUGUAAGUGCAAUACAUAUCAUAUUUUUGCUGGUUUAUUAUUUAUUGCAACUCAUUGUAUUUUACAAUGAGUUUAUUGCAACUCAUUGUAUUUUGUUAUUCUUUUUAAUACAAAUUUGAUUCACAUGAAUGAAAUGCUGGCAAAAAUAUAUGAAGCUGUGAAUAUAUUAAUAAAAGAUUAGAAGUAUUAAAUGCAUUUAUUUAACAUAAAUACUUGCACUUGAUUUACAUAUGCUCUCAGAAUUUAAAUGAUAUUGUAGAUUAGUUUGCAGCAAUCUACAAU